AUGAGGUACAGCCAACUGCCAGAGUCAGAAUCGGAGAAAAAAAGUGAAUCCGAAUGGUCGCUGGCUCCUCAAGGUCGUCAAAACAAUGUGCCUCUUCUCCUACAGACGGGCGUCUUCGUGCUCUUGUUGAUAAGUAAUGCGGGCUGGAUUUUGACGUUAUGGUCUAUACCACCAAAACCCAUGGGCAUCGAUGAGUAUCCGCCCCACAAGACUAUUCAUACUGCAGUGUUUCAAGACACGACCUAUGGUGAUAUUGACGCGAAGAAACCGCAAGCAGACUCUCUUUGGAGAGGUCUCUUCCCUUCUGGCAAUGGUUUGGUAUCAGUAAGCAAGUCCGACCGUGAAAUGUACGGCCUUUCAGAAACAUGGCCGGAUCCCGAUACGCCUGGUAAUGGCCUUUUUUUCAUGGCCGGGUAUCAUAACUUGCACUGUUUGGCCAAGAUUCGAACCUCAGUUUUUGAAUCUCAAGCGCAGAAGAAUCAGAGCGAGCCAUGGGCGCAUGUUAUGCAUUGUAUCGAUCAGAUCCGGCAGACCAUUAUGUGUAAUAUUGAUACGACAUUGGUGCCUAUGAGCGGGCCCAAGGAGUUCAUAGAUGGGCACUAUCAUGUAUGUAAAGAUUACCGCGAUGUAUUUGAGUGGGCGAGUCAGCACCGACCCGUGGUUGCGCCUGAGGACUCGGAAGCAGAAUAG